AUGGACAGUCCCCAGGCACCCUCUAAAAUUAUGGACAGUCCCGAGGCACCCUCUAAAAUUAUGGACAGUCUUGAGGCACCCUUUCAAAUUAUGGACAACAGUCCCGAGGCACCCUCUAAAAUUAUGGACAGUCUCGAGGCACCCUCUAGAAUUAUGGACAGUUCCGAGGCACCUUCUAAAAUUAUGGACAGUCCCGUGGCACCCUCUAAAAUUAUGGACAGUCCCGUGGCACCUUCUAAAAUUAUGGACAGUCCCCAGGCACCCUCUAGAAUUAUGGACAGUUACGAGGCACCCACUAAAAUU